AUUUGUGCAAAUCUGUCGAGCUAUUAGGCCUUGAAAUAUAAACUCUGGGCUUUUGUAAAUGAUGUUGGUCGUUUAGCUAAGGAAAACCCGGCCUGUUAACACUUUUCUAUGUCUUCUCCAAUCCCUUUGCCACUGCUAAACCCUGACAGAACCCUAAUCCGAUGGCUCUCUCCAAGCACACUUUUUUCACCCAUCACCUCAAAACCCUAGCAAAACCCCAUUAUCUCCGCCGCCCUCAACCACCACCUUCCUUCAUUUCCCUCCGUCUCCUCUCAUUUGCCACUCCAGAAGAGGCUGCCGCCGAACGCCGUAAACGCAAACGCCGACUCCGUAUUGAACCUCCUUUAUCCUCCCUCCGUCAGCAACACCAACCUCGUCCCACUACACCUCAAAACCCUAGCUCCAACAAUAACCCGAAUGCACCGAAGAUCCCUGAAACUGUUUCUGUACUAUCCGGUAAUAGACUUAAUCUUCAUAAUCGGAUUCUCAAAUUGAUUCGUGAGAAUGAUUUGGAUGAAGCUGCUUUGUACACGCGGCACUCUGUCUACUCCAAUUGCCGCCCUACUAUAUUUACUUGUAACGCUGUUAUGGCUGCGCAACUCCGGCAGUCCCGAUAUUCUGAUCUACUUUCUCUUCACCGGUUCAUUACGCAAGCUGGUAUUGGGGCUAAUAUUGUCACACAUAAUCUGCUCCUCACGGCUUUUAUGGAUUGCCGGAAAACGGAUAUGGCUAUGGAACAUUACAAGCAGCUCAUAAAUAAUGCACCAUUUAACCCCUCCCCGACUACGUAUCGGAUACUUAUUAAAGGGCUUGUUGAUAAUAACAAGAUUGAUAGGGCGAUGGAGUUGAAGGAGGAAAUGUUGUCCAAGGGGUUUAGUGCUGAUUCGAUUGUGUAUAGUUAUUUGAUGUCUGGACAUGCUAAGGGUUCGAAUCCAGAUGGAGUUUUCGAUCUUUAUGAAGAAUUGAAGGAGAAAUUAGGAGGGAGUGUUUCAGAUGGAGUGAUUUAUGGGAGCUUAAUGAAAGGUUAUUUCUUGAGGGGAAUGGAGCAGGAGGCUAUGGAGCGUUAUGAGGAAGCUGUGGGUGAGAAUUCUAAGAUUAAGAUGAGUGCUGUGGCAUUUAAUUAUAUUCUAGAUGCUUUAAGCAAGAAUGGGAAGUUUGAUGAGGCGUUGAAGCUAUUUGCUAGGAUGCUGAAUGAGCACGAUCCUCCAAAAAGAUUGACUGUGAAUUUGGGUAGCUUUAAUGUAAUGGUGGACGGUUAUUGUGCAUUGGGACGGUUUAAAGAUGCAAUUAAUGUUUUUAAUAGCAUGGGAGAGAAGAGGUGUAGACCAGACACAUUGUCUUACAAUAAUCUGAUUGAGCAGUUGUGCAAAAAUGACUUGUUGGGUGAGGCUGAGGAGCUCUAUAAGGAUAUGGGCGAAAAGGGGGUCAGCCCUGAUGAGUUCACGUUUGUUUUGCUGAUGGAUACUUGCUUUAAAGAAACUAGGCCUGAUGACGCCGCUGCGUAUUUUAAGACCAUGGUUGAGUCUAAAUUGAGGCCUAAUCUUGGGGUUUAUGAUAGGUUGGUUGAUGGUUUGGUCAAAGUUGGUAAAGUUGAUGAAGCAAAAUCAUUUUUUGACCUGAUGAUGGGAAAGCUCAGGAUGAAUGAUAAUAGCUACAAGUUUAUGAUGAAUGCAUUGUUUGAGAUUGGGCAGCAUGAUGAGGUGCUUAAGAUUGUGGAUAGAAUGUUGAGGCAGGAUCCAGCUGAUUUCUCUGAUGAGUUGCAAGAGUUUGUUCGAGAAGCCCUGGCGAAGGAAGGUAGAGAUGAGGAGUUGACCAAGCUCAUGGAGGAUAUCGAAAGGGAGAAGAAAGAGGCCGCAGACCGGGAGGCUGAAGCAGCUGAAAAAGCGAAGGCCAGUGCAAGAGCUGCUGUUUCCUCUUUGAUAAAUAGUCCUAAAUUGUUUGGAAAUAAGGAGCCUGAAGAGCAGUCAACAAUUGCUGGUGAGACUGUUCAAGAAACUGCUGUGGAGGCUAGUUCUGCUGGUGAGGGUGCAGAAGCUGAGAGCCUGGUUGCUACAGAAGCUAGAAGUGAUGGUGCACUUUGAUCAGGUAGCAGCAUGAUAAAAUAUGUUGGUGACAAUUAAUGAGAAACAUAGUAGGUUUCUUUUCGUUCUGCCGCACUUGCAAGCCCGUACUAUGAUCCUCUUAUGAUAAAUUGCUAGUGGAAAAUUGUUUGUACUUUAGAUGGACAUGAAAUGAAUGAAUUUUAGAUCAUCUUUAAGUAAAUGGUGAGUAACAAAUUGUAAUGCAACAAUAUCUGGUGAAAUCUAACUCAUACCCAAGUUAUUUUGUGAAUGUACCGUGAGACCUGUAUGAUAGUGUUAUUAACGUAGUUAAAUGUUUUUUAAUCAAA